CCGCAUUUUGACCGUUUUCUCCUCCCUGUCAGCCUUCAGGUUGACUUUCAUGGGUGAAUUAGCACUAAAUAACCGCAGUACCUGUUUCCCCCCAGUUGCGUUUCUCUGGCGGGCAGUCAGUCAGGCGGGCGCGGGGCAGCCCGGGGGGGAGGGGCCAGUGUGGCAGUUUGAGAGGUGGGCGGAGCUCGGAGAGUUGCUGGUUUGUUCCUCUGGCAGCCGGUGUCCCCCGCAGCCAUGUCCUCCCCGCUGGAGAAGCCGCAGAUCGUCGCCCACGUGCAGAAGUCGGUGAAUUACACGCUGUUUGACUGCAAAUGGCUGCCGAGCAGCGCCAAGUUCGUGUGUCUGGGCAACCUGGCCCGCGGGAGCGGCAUCAUGCAGGUCUACGAGAUCCAGCACGGGGAGGCCAAGCUGCUCCGGGAGGUCAGUGUGCCCCGGCCGGGUGUCACCGGCUCACCAUCCCCGGGGCGCUCACCAUGCCCGGAUAAAAAACCGAAUUAACCGAAUCUGGGAGAUUUUAACUCAGUCUGCGGGGUUUGCGUCACCUGUUGUCAUGGCAACUGAUCCUGAGCACAACAGGAGUUUGGGAAAAAUAUAACAAAUAAUAACAAAUAAUGCUGUGACUGAAAUAAUAACAAAUAAUGCUGUGACUGAAAUAAUAACAAAUAAUGCUGUGACUGAAAUAAUAACAAAUAUUCUGUCAACAAUUCAACCACUAGCUAAUAAUUAACAUAUAUAUAUAUAUUAUUUACUGUACAGUGUGAUUAGUAUUUUCUAUAUAUAUAUAUAUAUAUAUAUAUUAUUUACUGUACAGUGUGAUUAGUAUUUUCUAUAUAUAUAUAUAUAUAUAUAUUAUUUACUGUACAGUGUGAUUAGUAUUUUCUAUAUAUAUAUAUCCAGUAGAGAUUAGAAUUUAGACAUAGUAGUUAUGCAGACAUGUACAUAUAUAAUGGGUGUGUAAUUCAUUUGAAUACUUUUACAAUCAAAUGCAGUUAACUCAAAGUGAAGUGUAGGUCUGUAUGUGUGAUGGUCUAAUUGUACGUUAGUUUGUGGUAGUACGGAUGAGUGAAAGUGCUGCCAAUUAAUGUAGAAUAUAGUGUCGCUUAGUAACUCAUAGUGCAGAAGAAAUAGAAUUAUAAAUUUAAUGUUGAUGUACUUUUACUUUGUAUCCCACAGAUUGAGAAAGCUAAACCUCUAAAAUGCGGGACCUUUGGAGCCAGUUCUCUGCAGCAGAGAUAUUUAGCCACUGGUGAUUUUGAUGGAAAUCUCAAUGUGUGGUAAGGGAGUGUUCCAUAGCUCAGUAUUACGGUCAGUAUUUGCUGGGCGCCAGUCUCUUCCUCCAUGGAGAGCUGGAAGCUCCAGCAAGGAGCUUUCAUCAGCUUUUCUGAACUAGACCCUGCUGUGCAGUCCGGCUCAUUGGCUGAGAAUAGUGACUAAUGGCUUUUAUCCAAUGAGCGAAGCCUUGCUCUCUUAAUGAAAAGAGCUCCCGGCUAGAGUGGAGAGUGAGAUUGGUGCCUGGUCAGAAGUCAAACAAUUAGCAAAUGGUUUGACUGCUUACAUUGGGAGAGCACCAGGGAAUUCCUGGCACCAUAACCACUACCUCACACUAAAGUGGUUAUGAUACUUAUGUGCUUCUUUAAAAUAAUCUACUCAUGGACGAAUUGCAAGUACAAAUCAUUGCAUGCCUCAUUAUAAUGGUAGGUAUGAAAGUGAGACAAGAGUGUGUGUAGCUGAUUAGAGUCAUGCCAGUGAUGUGAAUCAAGAUGCAAACCUACAAAGUAGUUCAGACUCACCAGUAGCACACACUGAGGAAAAAAUAUAUAUAUAAAAAAAUAUAUAUGGGUCCAAAAUCAGCAUUGUCCCACCAUUUCUGUGAUUGUCUCCCUGUUACAUAAAAUCUGUUUUAGGUUUAUGUGGAAAAAGCUAAAAUUGUGAUUGUUUAGUCACAUGACCUGUUCCUUUAUGUUCGCAGGAAUUUAGAAGCUGCUGACACCCCUGUCUACUCUGUGAAAGGCCACAAAGAAAUCAUUAACUGUAUAGACGGAGUGGGAGGAUUAGGCAUCGGUGAAGGAGCCCCAGAGAUUGUCACUGGAAGCCGUGAUGGUAAGUCUUUAUUGACUAAAAUACAGGGCUUCUUGCAGCAUAAAAUGUAUGAAUAAAAAGUCUGAAUUUCACUUUGCAUCUGAUUUUAUACUAGGGUAGUAAAGCGGCACUAAACCCUUUAUGAAAUGAGUUUAUGAAAUACUCAUAUUGACAAUUGUAAUUCCCCUGAAAUUGCAAUGCAGUCAAAAGUUUUAUCAAGACAGGUUAGGGACUAUUUUCCUAUGCGUGACAAAUUUGACAAAAAGGUGGAGCUACCUACAGAUGUGACGGCUGAGUGGAAAAAAGCUUUGUCUAUGGAGAAUCCCUCGGUCCUGCAGGAUGUGAGAGUACAGAGUGAAUGUGAGCUUCUGCAUUUUAGUGUCUCCCUCUCUCCCUCCCUCCCUGUUACUUUCAUGUAGUUUAGCUCAGUUUCUGCCCGACCUUCCGCAAGCAGGAUCUUCAAAUGUGAAUGUCUAGAAGAAUGUGAACAGGAAGUAAACCCAGCCCUAUUCCAGCUAACUUACGGUUAGUCAAUAAAAAAAUCUACUUGUAGAAUAAAGUACUAAAACAGUCUAUUUUUUUUCGGUUUCUUUCUGAUGUGUUUCAGGAACAGUGAAAGUGUGGGACACGAGGCAAAAGGACACCCCUGUUGCUAAUAUAGAACCAGUAGAAGGAGAAACCAAGAGAGAUUGUUGGACAGUCGCAUUUGGUAAGUUAUAUAUGAGUACGUAAGUAAUUGAAGCAUACCAUGCAAAUUUAUCUCCAAUAAUGCCAUAUACACACAUAUUUAAGGGAUGCCAUGUGCUUGCGCAGCGUUUCUCUGUAGAUGCCAGAGAGCUCACUGAUUGCAUCACAAUGAUGGUGAUGAGGUUGCAUCGCAAAUUUCAAUGCAUCUUCUGCACAAAUACCCCAGAAAGCACCUCAAUAGUAUAAACUGGUGUAUGAGCAUAUGGAACAUCUAACGUGAUCACUCUGCUGCAGUGUUUUUAUGGAGUUUUCUUUUUUAAAGCCAGCACAGGCCAAACACAGCCCUGGCCAAUCCUCAUCUCCUCAUAGAAAUGCAUUGAAUCAGUGCAGCUCUAUGAGGAAAGUUUAGUGUCUACAUGCACAGGGUGGAGACAAUGGAUGCCCCAGGAAGCGUGACAUGUCAUGAUUCCCUUUUAUUCCAGAAGUUUGGUCCUUAAGGGGUUAAAGACUGUGUUUACUGCAAAAAUGCCUGAAUGUAAUAAUUCUACUCACCAGAACAAAUACAAUAGGCUGUUGAUUAUUGUCUCCCUUUAAGACAGAUUUAAAAAGACCCCAAAAUACACAGAAAGUGCCCAAUAGCAACCUUGUCAUGUAAAUAAGUUGAAAAGCCCAGACAGAUAUAUAUUCAUUUGAUAUUUAUUUCAUACAAGACUCUCUUUAUCACAUGAUUGUACUAAAGAACAUAUCCAGAAAUGGAACAUCAGGUAUAUGUGAAUUAAUCUGUACAGUUUAAACACGUAUUAGGGGUCUGCUAGGUUGGAGAAAUUAUACCUGGAGUCCUCAGCCCAUCACUGGCUGCCCAGCAAGCCUUACUGUUCGCUCUGGUGGCUCAGGACAAAUGAAGAGAGGAGGUAGAGGUUUCAGGCACUGGGUGACCAAAUGUGAGGUUAAAAUGUUGGAAAAUGGAUUAACCUUUGAAAGUAAGAUGUUGCGUAGACACUCCUGUCACCUUGACAACUUCAAUUAUCGGGACUUGUUGUAGAGUGGGAGUGUUCUUUUAAUAAGUUCACAUCCUCUGGACAUAUUAUAAAUCGUUUUAGUUAAGGCUUACUGUGAUGUUUUUCGGUGUUUGAUAGUUGCAUAAAAUAUAGUGGGUAAUAUAUAUAUUCUUAUUAAAUUUGUUUAUCUUUUAUUCUAGGCAAUGCCUAUAAUCAGGAAGAACGUUCUGUGUGUGCAGGAUAUGACAAUGGGGAUAUUAAACUUUUUGACCUCCGGAAAAUGGCCUUAAGAUGGGAAACUAAUAUUAAAAAUGGGGUAAGAUUUUUUUUUAUUUAUUUGUUUUGUCCGGAGAUUCGCGUUAUCUUGUGUAUGAAUUUUGGGUGUACCUUAUAGAUUAAUCUACUACGAUCAUCCAAAUUUACUCCUUAGCAACAUGGUAGUACUAACUAAUAAUACGUGGUCACGUGACCAGGUUAACAGCUUAUCAUGAUAGAGGGUGGGCUAUUUAAAGCCCGUGUAUGGUCAGCCUUGUUCGGCAUUCCUGAUGAUCUUGACAUAGAAGGGGAAACGCCCGUUGCGUGCGUGAUCCUUUUGUAUUACUUUUUUAUUUUUCCCUUAGAUGUGUAGAUACUUUUUAUGUCAUAGAGGGCUGACAAGCAAGUAGGUAUAUUCUGCUGAACUGAGUCUGUUAGCCAGGGCUAGUUUGGGGAUCCGCCUGUCUCAUACAUUUUCUCCAACUCCCACCCUAUAGUGUCCUCAUUGGUGCGAUAUACCCUAUAUAGCUACUCAAAGUAUCUGAGCAGUCUGACCCCCAGAGGUUAACUGUGGGUACCACACCUUUGUGCUAUAUCUUGGUUAUUAGUCAAAAGUACGCAGGUUGUCUGGAGCUAUUUUAUAACUGUGACCCCUAGUGACUAAUAUAUGGUACUACACAUAGGAAUUAGUAUUUGCAUAUCCAGUAUUUAUUCUAUUCAUUCAAGUUUACCUUAUAAAGAUAUUAAUAAUUAUUGUUUGUGACUUUUUUUUUUUUAAACGGUUCAUUCAAAGUUUUUUUUAAAUUUUAUUUAUUUAUUUUUUUCACAUUAUUUGCACACAUCCACUUCUACUGGAUCCGAACUGUUAAGAUAUUGCUUUCCCUACAUUUUAUAGGUCUGCAGUUUGGAGUUCGAUAGGAAGGACAUAAUAAUGAACAAAUUGGUUGCUACGUCACUAGAAGGGAAAUUCCAUAUUUAUGACAUGAGAACAGAACAUCCUAAGAAAGGUUUUGCAAGUCUCACUGAAAAGGUAAGUGCGUUUUGCUUCAUUUCCAUACCUUUUUUUCUUGCAAAGCUCCACAGUGAGCCUAAAAAUGAAAAUAGUGGAAUUCAUGUCUUUCACCUUCCGCUGAGCAACAAUACAUUUAGAAUCUCUUACUGAAUAUCUUAACUUUGCCUUCAGCUAUCUUAUUGUAUCUUUAAUGUUAUAUGAUUAAAAAAGAUACAGAUUUUUUCCUGCACAGCAGCUGGGAUGCCAAAAACUGUUCCCUGAUCUUCCAACUGCAACACAGACAUGAACACAGACACAUACAAGGCCUAGAUUUCUUAAAGCUAAUAUUAAAAUAAAGUGUACGUAAAAUAUGACGGUAAACUUAGAAAACAACUGGGGGUUGCCUCUCCUGCUCCUCUCUUUGUAAACACUAAUGUCAGAGGGGAGGGGGAAUGCCAAGGCAGCAUUUUUUUUUUUUUUAUAUAUAUAUUUUAUCUUGCCCAGACUCUAUAGUACUUUAUAUAGACAUAAUUUAAGCCUACUGUAGUGGUUAUUUCUCCAGGAGUGCUCUGAUGCUGUCCCGUGGCAAGUAGUCAAGCCGUCUUGUAAUGGCUUCACAAUUUUCUGGGUCCUCCAUGUAACAUAGAAUGUGACGGCAGAUAAGAACCAUUCGGCCCAUCUAGUCUGCCCAAUUUUUAAAAAUACUUUCAUUAGUCCCUGGCCUUAUCUUAUAGUUAGGAUAGCCUUAUGCAUGUCCCACACAUGCCUAAACUCCUUUACUGUGUUAAUCUCUACCACUUCAGCUGGAAGGCUAUUCCAUGCAUCCACUACCCUCUCAGUACUGUGCCCAGUUCCUGUGGACAGCAGUAGAUCCCAUUAUUCUUUAGCAAUAUCGAUUUUGUCCCUAUUUUACUUGUUGGAUUCGACACGGCAAUAAAAAAAGUUGGUUUAUUUAUUUAUUUUUUUCAUUUAUUUUAUUUACCAUAAUGCCUGUACCUUGAAUUACAAAACCGUGAUAAUUUUUUGCAGAACUGACUCAUUUUUGGUUUUAUCGGAUGUAAUGAUGUUAUUUUCUAACUUUUCUUCUUCUCUAAAAAAAUAAAACCAGGUUAAUAAAUCCACUCUCUGGCAAAUUCGACAUCUUCCGCAGAAUAGAGAUAUCUUCAUGACAGCAGGAGGAGCAGGAAGUCUCCAUCUUUGGAAAUAGUAAGUAACUGAACUGCUUGCAUUCGCUCAACAUUUUCUAGAUAAGGGGUGUCCAGGUUCAUCCUGCCAGUUUUCCAUGAAUUGUCCAAAAGUGACUUGAACACUCAUCUAGUAGCCACCAUCAAAAUUCUUGGGCCAAUAAUAUUCUUUUCUUUUUUUUUUUUUCUCCCUUUUUCUUAUUGUUUAAAGGGACAAUACAGUAAAAGUGCUUCACUGUCUGUUAUUUCAAUAGAAAUCCAACUUUUAAAAACCGAACAAAAUACAGAUUAAUACUACCUUAGAAAGUACCCUAUUCAAUGUUAAAAAACAACCACACAUCACCAUCAAGUGCCAGAAUCCCACUGACUACUACCAGUAUGUCACAAUUCCUUGGGAUGUUAUAGUUUGCCUCAAGAAAAAAGGAGAAAAAAAAACACAAUAGUGCAGAUAGACCAAAAAGGGAAAAUUUGGAAGAUUAUAAGCACACUAUUCCCAUAUUAGGGUAUACCAGCUCACAUAUACCGGAGCCCUUAUGAAGAACGGUUUAUGGGUGUCUCUCCUGUCAUUGGCUCUAUGUUCUCUAUCAUCUCUUCCCCACCAUUUUAACCAGAAAUGUGUGUGUGUGUGUGUAUCUUUAUCUCCAUUUCUCUAUCUCAUAUCUCUCAGUAUAGUAUUACACUCACACUUUUAACAUGCAGUUGUCAUUGUAUUCCAGAAUUCAGUAUUCUCUCAAUCAGAAUGUUGUUGGAAUACAACAAUAAAAUGUAGGGGGUAUAACCUCUUAAACAUGUUUCACCUCAAAUCCAGGCUUCCUCAGUCAGUGAGUUAAGUAAAUGACGUUCUAAAAUCAAGCUAUUCCAAUAAUAUUAGAACAAUAUAUUCUGUAUUCUAUGCGUCUAUAUGAAGGAAGGGAUGAAUAGUUUGUUUGUUAGGAAUUGCGGUCUUGUCAUUGCCAUUUGCUGAAUAUAUUUAUUUUGCUUUUGUAGUGAAUACCCUGCUCAUCGAUCAGAAAAAGACUCUGAUGGUGUGGAAAAGGGAGUUGUAGGAACGGUCAGUCUUCUACAGAAUGUGACUCUAUCGACACAGCCGAUAUCUAGCUUAGACUGGAGUCCAGAUAAGCAAGGAUUGUGCGUUUCUACAUCAUUUGACCAGGUUGUUAGAGUGCUGAUUGUCACGAAGCUGAAUAAAUUUUAAUCCAGAUGUUCUAUAGCUGCAACAGCUACUCAUAACAGACUAUUGAUCCAGGUUCCGAGUAUUACUUUUGUACAUCUUUUUUUUUUUUUUAACCAGGUUUACGAGUGGGGAGCUAUCCUCACAUCUGAUAUAAAUGAGCCAAAUAAACCCAUAUUUUAAUAUAUUAUCCUUCACUGUCCUAGUCCCAUUUUGAAAAAGUUCUUUAUCUCUUCUGAUUUGACAUGAUGAAAGUGCCUCUAAUAUUCUCAAUUCAGGGAACAAAAACUACCCAAUAUGACUGUCUGUCUAUUCUUUAUGUUACAAAUAAACAGCAACGUCUUUCUGUUUCAUAAUUUUCUUUCAUGAUUGCUCGUUUUUCUAAAAAAUAAAAUCUAUUACAUGGUUUUUCGUGAACUAAAUGAACUAUGAGGAAACUGCAUUGUGUAUUUGUCUUCGUAAUGGCUCAAGGAAGAAAAUAUAGUGUAUUUUGUGCCUUGUUUUAUAGUAAGAUGUAUAAUUUGCAGGUUUAGUCUUUACGUUGCUCUGUAGCCUGAAAUUGUAUGAAGGGUUUGGAGGUAAAGGACUGGUAGUGUGAGGGAUUAACAAAUGACACCAAUGGUGUGAUGUUGGACAGAUGUGUAUAUACACAAACUGUGUGGCCCAUUACACAUCUGACUGUGCAGCUGAACAAUUCAGAAAUUUGUAUAUAUGAAAGUCUAUUGUGGUAGAAAUGGGUAGGCCUGAAUAAAGAGGGCCCAGGACAUAAUUGUUAUGGGGAGUGGUUGGUGGGGUUCCAAAUGCCAAAGGAAUGUCUGGAGGUAGCUGGGGAGGGUUAAGAAAUAGGCCCGAUAACCCAUCCCACAAUUUCAGGCAUACUGCUUUCCCAUUCACUGUUUGUGGCUUUUUAGAUAGUACUUACCCAGAGAUCCCCUCACAAAUUCAAACAUUUUCCUUAUAUUUGUCAAAAAACAAAUGUGUGUAGACAAUGAUUUGUGCAAUUAGGUACAGAACAGCUGGGUUACCACCAAAAUCCAAACAUCCUUUUGUAUUGCAAUGCAGGUAACUCUGCAACGACAUAUUGGUAUCCUCUUAUUCCAUUAUACAAAAGUGGAUCUGACAAUGAUAUAAUCAGUGUGGUCUGUCAAGCUGGCUUCCAUGAAGAUUCAGAAACCUGUAUAUAAGACUAUAGCCAUUGCUGCAACUCAAGAAUAGUGAUGGUUUGAGCACAGGAUUUGUUUCGCACAGCCAUGUCUUCGUGCUGCUGUGUUAAGGGUUAAUUAAUUGCUAGCGAUUCAUAAGUACACACUCUUCUGUCUCAUUAGAGCUUUCAGCUGAAAGCAGCAAGGUGAAUUUUACAUAGUUACAUAGCUGAAAAGAGACUUGUGUCCAUCAAGUUCAGCCUUCCUCACAUAUGUUUUUGUUGUUGAUCCAAAAGAAGGCAAAAAAAACCCCAGUCUGAAGCGCUUCCAAUUUUGCAACAAGCUAGGGAAAAAAAUGCCUCCUUCACCCCAAAAUGGCAGUCAGAUUAAUCCUUGGAUCAAGCAGCUAUUACCCCACUAAAUAGAAAUUAUAUCCCUGUAUGUUAUGUUUUAGAAGUAUUUAUCCAAUGGCAGUUUAAACAUCUGUAUGGACUCUGAUAAAACCACCUCUUCAGGCAGAGAAUUCCACAUCCUUAUUGCUCUUACUGUGUAAAAAAAACCAAAAAAAAAAAAAAACCUUUCCUUUGCCUUAGAUUAAAUCUCCUCCCUUCCAGCCUAAAUGCCUUACCUCACAUCCUAUGUAUAGCCCUGUGUAUUAAUAGAUUUCCAGAUAAUGGUUUGUACGGAGCCGAAUAUAUUUGUAUAAUGUUAACAUAUCCCCUCUGAGGCGCCGUUUUUCCAAACUAAAGAGAUUGUUGGUGUGGGACAUAUCUUAACGUUGGCAGGUGAGCUUGCAUUGCCCUUUCGAUGGUACCAAAACACCUCUGUUAUUUAAAUGUCCAUAGGGAAUUGGGAUAGUGUGCAGGUAACCUUCUUAGUUUUGUAAAGUAUAACAUAAUAGCUUUAAAUACUAACCCAUCCAGAUAUUGUUAUUGAAUCCAUUUCACUAUGAUGUUCAGAGAAUGGUAAAAAGGAUGUUUCCUACAUAAACUGGUUUGUAGUCACCAAUUGUGCUCCUUAAUAUAAGGCAACAGAUCCAUUAUUUGUCUAGGAGUUUUACUUUAUUCUAUUAAAUCAUGUUUAGUGGGCAAAUACCUCCCAUUUAGAACAAUUCUAGUUGAUAAAAUCUGCACACAUGGUGUGUAUGUAUAGAGUGCCAGAUAUACAUCAUAAAGCGGUUUUAUACACAUUAUGCAUUUCUGAAUGAUUAAAAAGCUAUCAUUCAUUCGUCCCUUGCUUUCUACCAUAUGCUGUUCUUUGUUCCGAAAGUGCCUAACCUCAUGAAAUGUUUACAUUAGCCCUGUUUCCAUGGUUACUGAACACAGUAGCAUAGAAAUCCAGAUCUGCUGCGAAGUUAAUGAACAAUAGUGAUAGAUCAAUUGGAUGCAACAAUAUACUUUUUAAAAGAUCUGUUUACUAACAACUUGAUUGGUUUUCAGUCUGACAGGACAUGGAUAGAGAUGUCCCGAACAGUUCGCCGGCGGACAGUUCCCGGCGAACAUCGCAUGUUCGCGUUCGCCACGGCGGGCGAACAUAUGCGAUGUUCGGUCCGCCGCCUAUUCC